AUGGAUUUUUAUCAACUGUAUGAAGAACCAGCUCAAUCUGUCAUUGGUAUCAUACCACUAGACAGAGAUAUACUCUCAUUAGAGUUACCUCAGUUCUUUAGGUCAUUUUAUCUGGAAAAUGACCAUACCUGGAUACAAACAAUAGCCAAAUCACUUAUCAACAUCCAGGCUCUAUGUGGAAUUAUUCCUAAUGUUUAUGGUAUUGGUAAGGGAUCAAAGAUGGUGAAUGAUCUGAUGAAAAAUAUACUUGGAGAGAAAUUAUCUGGACCAGACUACAGCAAGUGUGAUAUAGGAAAUCUCAUUCUUAUAGAUGGAGGUAUAAUGGUAUUUAUCACUCAUUUAAGCUUUGAUCUCAAGAUAUGUGUUUUUGUGAAAGAAUAA